AUCAGAGCGGGCCUAAACUAGUCCCUCCCUGCAGAGAAUCAGAGGCUCGGUGGAGAGGAGGAGAAGUCUCCGUCUUUCUGCUGGCCUCUCUGAGUCCAUCUGUAGCUCUCUCCUUCUGCUCCCUCUCGUAAUGCAGAGCUGCUCACUCACCCCCAGCUCUACAAUGGAGAGAGGGGUAAUGUUGGCGGUGUGUCUGCUGUGCUGGAGCUGCAGCGUGUGUGUGGUUACAGCAAUCAAGAGAGCUGAUAUGUUUUCUUAUGGCACUUUGAGUGGAGAUUUGAUCUUGGCAGAGGGCGACGAUGAAACCUCCAGAGUGCUGUCCCUGCCCAAACCCUUAUUCUUCUACGGUUCCCUCUUCUCCCAGCUUUAUGUGGCCACCAAUGGUAUCAUAUCAGCCCAGGACCUGCCGAUGGAAAAGCAGUACGUUGACGACGGCUUCCCCACAGAUUUCCCCGUGGUGGCUCCAUUUCUGGCUGACAUUGACACCAGCGGAGGGCGUGGACAAAUUUAUUACCGGGUGACCGAAACGCCCAGUGUUCUCAACAGAGUGGCCCAGGAAGUACAUCGAGGGUUCCCAGAUGCAAAAUUCACACCCACACAUGUUGUUGUUGCAACAUGGGAGAACGUUGCCGCGUACGAAGAACAAACUCGAACCACUGGACCUUCAGACAAGGUCAACACGUUCCAGGCAGUAAUUGGCUACGAUGAGACCGACUCAUACGUUCUCUUCCUCUACCCUGAAGAUGGCCUGAACUACUUUGGCACACGCCCCAAGGAGUCUUAUAAUGUUGAGAUAGAGCUUCCUGCUAGAGUUGGCUUCAGCCGAGGAGAAGUCACAUAUCUGAUCUUUUCCCGAACUGAGGGACCGCACUACAGCGUCACCAGCGAUGAGCAGAGUGUUAAAAACCUCUACCAGGUUGGUAAUACAGGAAUUCCAGGUGUUUGGCUUUUCCACACUGGGAACCGUUACUCUUUUGACAACAUUGUUCCUGCAUCCACUGGUGGCCUCCUUGAUACUCCACCAACUGGAGGACACAGCCUCUCCCUGGACAGCACCACCCCUGAGUACGGUGAGUUUGAGGAAUAUCCAGACACUUUUGACUCUGAUAACCAAGAAGAAGAAGAUGAUGAUUACCCUCACACACGCGGGGACCCUGAAUUCCAGCCAGCCCCUGCUGGUGGUAACCACCACUCAGAGUCCCUACAACCAGCAAGUCCUGAUGCUCCCUCUUCGCAUUCAGAGGAUUCUGGUCAUCAGUUGUCGUACGGCAGUGAAGAUGUGCCACUGACCUCUGAACCCAGGUACAGUUCAGAGCCAGCAGGAAGGCAGUAUGCUCCCCCUAAUCCUCCAGAAAGAGUACCAGAGGGAGAUGCUCAGCGGACUCCAAAACAGCAACCACAGGUUCCUCUGGAGGUGGUGGAUGUCUACCCCUCUCACAGAAAUGAACCCCCUCUUUCACCUGGAGGUCACGUGGUCAGCGUGGAGGAAGAUGAUGUUGAUUUUGACACAGGUGUUAUUCAGUACACUACAGAGAAUAAGGAAACAUGUGCCAGGUUCCAACAGCAGUGCUCUCAGAAUGCAUUUUGCUCCGACUACGCCACAGGCUUCUGCUGUCACUGCCGGCCUGGCUUCUAUGGAAACGGACGCCACUGUCUACCCGAUGGUGCUCCACAGCGUGUUAGCGGUAAAGUGAGCGGUACAGUGACCGUUGGUUCGACUCCAGUGGAGCUGAACAACAUUGAUCUCCACGCCUACAUCGUGGUGGGAGAUGGCAGAGCAUACACUGCCAUCAGCCAGGUACCUGAGCCAGUCGGCUGGGCCCUGAUGCCACUUGCACCAAUAGGAGAGCUGUUUGGAUGGCUAUUUGCUCUGGAGCUGCCCAAUAGCCAAGCAGGAUUUAAAAUCACAGGUGCUGAGUUCACUCGUCAUGCAGAGGUAAUCUUCUACCCUGGCAACCAGCGCCUGUCAAUCAUUCAGACGGGCCGUGGCCUUGACGACCACAACCACCUCACUGUGGAUACUGUAGUUAGCGGCAACGUGCCCUUCAUGCCCCCUGGAGCUGAAAUUACCAUGGAACCCUUCAAAGAGACCUACCAGUACUACCCAUCUGUUGCCACCUCCUCCUCUGUCAGGGAGUUUUCAGUCGUUUCGGCAGAGCAGGGCUCAGAGUCCUUCUCCUUCCAGCUGAAGCAGAACAUCACCUACCGUGACUGUCAACAUGACAACCGUGCAGCUGUCCUGGAGACGCUUCAGAUCAUCAUGGAGAGGGUGUUUGUAAUGUACGUCAAGGAGGAGCGGAUCCUGAGAUACGCUCUCACCAACAAGAUCAGCCCAGUCGGAGUUGACCCAACGGCGCCGGAGCUAGUCAACCCCUGCUACGCUGGGAACCAUGACUGUGACACCACGGCCCAGUGCAUCCCUCUGGAGGGCCAGGCCUUCCAGUGCCGGUGUGCUACUGGUUACAGAGGAGAUGGACACAACUGUUACGACAUAGAUGAGUGUGCUGAGGGCUUGAGUUCAUGUGGUGCUCACUCUCAGUGUGUGAACCUGCCCGGGAGCCACCGCUGCCAGUGCCAGAGUGGCUAUGAGUUUGGAUUUGACGGGCGUACCUGUGUUGAUAUAGAUGAAUGCAGCUCCUCUCCGUGUCACACCAGUGCCAGGUGUAUUAAUGGAUUGGGUUCCUUCCUGUGUCAGUGCCAGCCUGGGUUUUAUGGAGAUGGUUUCUAUUGUUCACAGACGGAGGGACAGACCGUUCGUCCAAGGAGCCAGUGUGAGCAACACAGAGACAGCCUGCAGAGCGGAAUGGAACAAAGUGAUCGACCGAGUCCCGGGGCCUUCAUCCCUCAGUGCGACUCUGACGGACGGUACCAACCACUGCAGUGUCACGGCUCCACUGGACAUUGUUGGUGUGUGGACAGUAGGGGACAGGAGAGAACAGGAACCAGGACUCCACCUGGUACAGCACCCAAAGACUGUGACAGACCAGAUGAACCAGUACGUCCUAAAACUCACUGUGAGCACCACAGAGACAGUAUACAGACCACCAGUCCAGAGGGAUAUCCUAUAGUUGGAGCAUAUGUACCCCAGUGUGACGCUAAUGGACAGUACACACCACUGCAGUGUCAUGGUUCCACUGGACAUUGUUGGUGUGUGGACAGUGAUGGACAGGAGACAACCGGAACUAGAACAUCACCUGGUACGACACCCACAGACUGUGGCAAACCAGAACGUCCUAAAACCCACUGUGAGCACCACAGAGACAGAGUACAAACUACCAGUCCAGAUGGCUAUCCUGUUAUUGGAGCCUACGUACCCCAGUGUGAUGCUAAUGGCCAGUACAGAUCAUUACAAUGUCAUGGUUCCACUGGCCAUUGUUGGUGUGUGGACGAAAGGGGACAGGAGCGAGAUGGAACCAGGACUCCACCUGGUACACCGUCUGUGGACUGUGACAGGCCAGGUGAACCAGAGCGUCCUAAAACUCACUGUGAACACCAUAGAGACGGAGUACAGACCACAAGUCCAGAGGGAUAUCCUAUAGUUGGAGCCUAUGUACCCCAGUGUGAUGCUAAUGGACAGUACACACCACUGCAGUGCCAUAGCUCUACUGGACAUUGCUGGUGUGUGGACAGUAGGGGACAAGAAAGAGCAGACACCAGGACAUCACCUGGUUCACCACAAACAGACUGUCACAAACCAGAUGAACCAGAGCGCCCUAAAACUCACUGUGAGCACCACAGAGAAAGAGCGCAGACCACCAGCCCAGAGGGAUACCCUAUCGUUGGAGCCUAUGUACCCCAGUGUGAUGCAGAUGGACAAUACACAUCAUUGCAGUGUCACGGCUCCACUGGCCAUUGUUGGUGUGUGGACGGUAGGGGACAGGAGAGAUCUGGAACCAGGACUCCACCUGGUAUACCGUCUGUAGACUGUGACAAACCAGAUGAACCUGUGCGUCCUCAAACCUACUGUGAGCAGCACAGAGACAGUGUACAGACUACCAGUCCAGAGGGAUAUCCUAUAGAAGGAGUGUUCGUACCUCAGUGUGACUCAAAUGGACAAUACUCAUCCCAACAGUGUCAUGGCUCCACUGGCCAUUGUUGGUGUGUGGAUGUUAGGGGACAGGAGAGAUCUGGAACCAGGACUCCACCUGGUACACCACCUGUAGACUGUGACAAACCAGAUGAACCUGUACGUCCUACAACCUAUUGUGAGCAUCACAGAGACAAUAUACAGACUACCAGUCCAGAGGGAUAUCCUAUAGAAGGAGUGUUCGUACCUCAGUGUGAUUCAAAUGGACAAUACACACCCCAACAGUGUCACAGCUCCACUGGCCAUUGUUGGUGUGUGGAUGGUAGGGGACAGGAGAGAGCAGGAACAAGGACUACACCUGGUACACCAUCUGUAGACUGUGAUAGACCAGUUGAACCAGAGCGUCCUAAAACUCACUGUGAGCACCACAGAGACAGUACACAAACGACCAGCCCAGAGGGAUAUCCAAUAGUUGGAGCCCAUGUGCCCCAGUGUGACGCCAAUGGACAGUACACACCACUGCAGUGUCAUGGCUCCACUGGACAUUGUUGGUGUGUGGACAGUAGAGGACAGGAGAGAGACGGAACCAGGACUCCACCUGAAACACAACCCAAAGACUGUGACAGACCAGAUGAGCCGGAGCGUCCGAAAACUGACUGUGAACACCACAGACUCAGAGCUCAGGCUACUAGCCAAGAGGGAUAUCCCAUAGUGGGAGUUUAUGUGCCCCAAUGCGAUGCUGAUGGACAGUACCUACCACUGCAGUGCCACAGCUCCACUGGACAUUGUUGGUGUGUGGACAGAAGGGGACAGGAGAGAACAGGAAGCAGGACUCCACCUGGUACACAACCCAAAGACUGUAACAGACCAGAUGAACCAGUGCGUCCUGAAACUCAGUGUGAGCACCACAGAGACAGUGUACAGACCACCAGUCCAGAGGGAUAUCCUAUUGUUGGAGCCUACCUACCCCAGUGUGAUGCAGAUGGACAAUACCUACCUCGACAGUGCCAUGGUUCCACUGGCCAUUGUUGGUGUGUAGAUGGAAGGGGAGAGGAGCGAUCUGGAACCAGGACUCCACCUGGUACACCGUCUGUAGACUGUGACAGACCAGUCCCUGUGGCUCCAACCCAGCGCCCUGAGAGUGUGUGUGAGCGGUGGAGAACCAGUUUGAUUGAGCACUAUGGUGGAAAACCAGAUGCACAACAAUAUGUGCCUCAGUGCGAGCCAGAUGGACAAUUCAGUCCAGUCCAGUGUUAUGGAGAGACUACUUACUGCUGGUGUGUGGACCAAGAUGGACGGGAGGUUCCUGGUACCCGAUCACACGAUGUCGUCAAACCUGCGUGCCUUCCCUCAGUGGCUCCGCCCACAGUGCGGCCAUUGCCCCGCCCAGAUGUGACCCCUCCAACAAACACUGACAUCACACUGCUGUACGCUCAGGGACAGAAAAUAGGAGCGUUGCCUCUCAACGGGACCAGACUAGAUGCAACCCGGUCUAAAACACUACUGACUCUACAUGGUUCCAUAGUUGUUGGUAUAGCCUAUGACUGCAAAGAAAACCAAGUCUAUUGGACAGAUUUGUCUGCAAGAACAAUCAACAGAGCUUCAAUGGCGACUGGUGCUGAGCCUGAGAUACUCAUUAACACCAAUCUGGUCAGUCCAGAGGGGUUGGCGGUGGAUGUCAAACGUAGGUUGAUGUUCUGGGUCGACUCAAACCCUGACAUGAUUGAAAGCGCCAACCUGGACGGCAGUGGGAGGCGGACGCUGUUUGACACAGACUUGGUCAACCCUCGAGCUAUCAUAGUGGUCUCUUCCACCGGUACCCUGUACUGGACAGAUUGGAACCGAGAGGCUCCUAAGAUCGAGAGUUCGUCAGUGGACGGUCAGAACCGCAGGGUGGUGGUGUCUGAAGGGAUCGGUUUGCCAAAUGCUCUCACGUAUGACUCUUCUGCUAGACAAGUCUGCUGGGCCGACGCAGGCACAAAGCGUUUAGAGUGUGUAUCCCCGGAUGGUUCAGGCCGAAGAGUGGUCCACCCCAGCCUCAACUACCCGUUCAGCAUGGUCUACUACAGGAACCACUUCUACUACACUGACUGGAGGAGGGAUGGUGUGAUUGCAGUAAGCAAAGACAGUAGUCAGAUCACUGAUGAAUACCUGCCUGACCAGCGCUCUCACCUGUACGGUAUAGCCAUAGCAACCACCCACUGUCUAUCAGGGAGCCACUAACGGCAGCUGCAGGGUCCUUUGGUGCUAAAGUUCUGGGCCGAUUUCUGAGCCGAGGGCAGGACCACGUUAAAGAGUCCUCUCCAGGGUCACUCAGAAGAAAAGGAAACUCAGUAGGGCGCAAGAUGGCGUCCUGUUGCCAGAUAAACCGUCGGAGCAAAUUUACAACCCCCCCACUCCCCAUGAACGCAUUAUCUCACCUUAAAGAUAUAACCCCAAAAUAAAUGUUUUGUAAAUUUGUUUUAUACCUCAAUUUUAGUUUUUUUCUACUGUAUUUUUGUAUGUUUUUUUAAUCGAUUUUAAAGCUAUAGUACAAUGAAAUCAAAUUUUAAAAUGUAUGCGUGUGCACAUUUUUAGUUUUUAAGCCAAAGAAGAAUCACUUGAAGAGCUUUUCAAACAGUUUGAGCCUAAGUUGUGUAAUGAAACGGAGCAUCAGAUUUCAUUUUGGUCUGCAGCUGGCCACAGUGGAUUUUUAAAUGCAGUCAAAUUAUUUAGCUGUGGAUUCUGUACAAAAAUAAAAACAGGCAAAAGGAAUAGUUAAGUGUUUGGGAAAUGUGUUAUUCGCCUUUCUUGAGUUUGAUGAGAAUAUUGAUACUACAGAUAUGAUAGUAGUAGCAGUCUUCUCAUCUAACCAAAGACAAAAAAGCCGAUAAGCUUAGUGUCAAACUCUGCCAUGAACACU